UCUUUAUGUGUGGCGCUCCCCUUUUCUCCCGCUUCUCCCGUCAUGGUGGCAACAGGGUUGUUCACCCUGCUGUUUCCUCUGCCUUUGCUAUGGCUGCUUUCUUGCUGGUGGCUGAGGCGGCACCGCGGAGCGAGGUGGCGGCUGGGGAGCGGCCGGAGGCUCUUCGCUGACGGACCGGCGUUGCGGCGCGAAGAGAACGCGACGCGCGCCCUGUUCGUGACGGCGCACCCUGAUGACGAAGCAAUGUUCUUCGCCCCCACCAUCCUCAGCUUGGCUCAAGCCAGGCUAUGGCUGCUCUGCGGGUCCACAGGGAAUUACUACAGCCAAGGGGAUGUCCGGAAGAAGGAACUCCUGGACAGCUGUUUGGUUCUAGGGAUCCCGCCUUCCAAUGUGACCAUCAUUGACCACAGGGAUCUUCCAGACCACCCAUCUGUCGAGUGGGACACACAGCUGCUCUCCGCUCUGAUCCUUAAACAUGUCAAGACCAACCAGAUCAACCUGGUAGUGACCUUUGACGCGAGAGGAGUGAGCGGUCACCUGAACCACAAAUGCCUUUACACUGCUGUCAGGCGCCUGCAUUCCGAGAAGAAGUUUCCAGAAGGUUGCCAAGUCCUCACUCUGGAGACGGUGAACCUUUUCCGCAAGUAUAUCUCCAUCCUAGAUGCCCCCAUCAGUUACCUCCGGAGCCCAGAUGUCCUGGUCGUGUUGGCAAGAAAAGAUGCAGACUUAGCCAAGGCUCACCUUUUGUGUGCUGAACCUCUUGGAGCAAGGAUGGGAUAUGUAGUGCUUUCUAGAUGUCGUUGGACUCCCAACUCCCAUCAUCCCCAACACCUGAGGCUGAACAGCGCUGGAGGCCAAGCAACAGCCCUGUGAAGGUCUGAAGGUUCCCCAAAAUGUGUUUAUAGAGCCGGGUGUGGUAUAGUGGUCGCUAGAGUGGGAGAGACCCGAGUUCAAAUCCUACUCAGCUAGGAGGCUUUCCCUCUGCCUGGGUGGCCUCUGGCCAUCUGCUGCAUCUCUUGGCCCAGUCUACCUCGCAAGGUUGUGGCGAUGAGAAAAUGUGGAGGAGGACCAGGUAUCUCACCUGAGGAAGGGUGGGGUAAGAAUGCAAACCGAUGUUUAGCCAGUCUGUAAAUAAACAGAUGAAAAUGUGAUAAAGCAGACACUAUUUUAACUCACUGAGAUUGCAGGAGCCACACUGAGGACCUGGCCUUCAAACCCCCCACCCCCCAUACACAAAUGCCACUACAUUAUUUGAGAGGCUCCAUUAUUUACAUCGUCACACGCAGCAUGCGCCUCAAGCCUCUCGCUGAUUUCAGCCUCCACCUUUGCCUUAUAGAGUCCCGAGAUCCAGGAACUCUCCAGCCCACCCAUCUGAUCCCUGCGUAUUUCCUCCAAGCACACCAAGGAAUGUAGGGAGCUUCCCUAGAUUUAAGUUUGCAUAGCUCAGUAUUGUCUACACUGGCCGGCAGCAAAUCUGAGAUCCCUUCUGUUCCAUUGAGCUUCCAGGUCAGAGAGUAUGCAGCAGAGAGUGGUUUGUUUUUACAAAAAUACAAGCUUUAUUUCCCAAAGGUAUUUGAAAUGGAGAUCUCUCUCUCUCUCUCAGCAAUCCAGGAUGGAUGGGCUAUUGGGCGGUGGUGUUGAGAAUGAGCAGCCUAGGGGGCAUCUGCCCUUCCAGAACGGGCGGGCCAGGUCACUCUUUGGACAUACUCCUGAUGGUGGGGUGGCCCUUCACAGCCUUCUCCCACUCCUUGCCAUUGAUUGCUUCUAUGGUGACGCUGCUGACUGUCCCCUCGUCCAGGCAGUGCGGAGCUAUUCCUGAGGGGAGGAAGAGGAGAGAAGCUGAAUCA